AUAGUUUGCACGCGAUUGAAUCUCACCAACACCGGAUUCGAUAUUUGGAAGUGUGUCCAAGAUGGACGAGUCAUCUGGUCGUGGACACAGAGAGAAAAAGCCCAGCGAAAAGGUGAAAGAACAAGUAACAAGCAAGAUCGACAGAGUUGAAGACGACGACAAGUCCGUCGUCCUUCCUACCUACAUUGCGCCUAAUGACCCAAAGUUUUUCCAAGACCAGAAGGAGGUCCCCAAGAUAUACGACCACACUAAAAGGGGCGCUGACGGCGAAAGGAUCGAUUUCUACUCACUAGGCACCCACGUCGAGAGUAAGGAAAAGCGAUUCUACGUACGUGCGAAAAGGGAUCCAGAUACCUUCUAUUUCCACACCGACGAUGCUCCUCCACGAUAUGCCCGGCUCAGUGACGAGAACCACCCGCAGUGCGGUGUCGAAAGCCUCAAGAACGUGUUCACCAAGGACAUGCUAGGCAAAAGCGGGGAGUUUGGGAGUUAUACAACAAGAGCAAACGUGUUUGCAAGAGAAGGGAAAUUCUUCUUUGAAGCAAAGGUCUUGAGUAUCGCCCCUCCAGGCAGAGAGGAACCAGAUCGCGCCCUGGCCGAUAGUCAGAACUCGGAUAGAACAGCCACGAAUCGAGGAGGCCUACGCGUUGGCUUUUGUCGGCGAGAACAUCAUUGGAGCGAGAAUCUUGGUGGCAAUGCAUACAGCUACGGGGUGGUUCUACGAAGUGGUCGAGCCAGAGAAUACGGCAGUGUGCGGUUCAAUACGCUAAUGUACCACAUGCAGGGCGAAGGUGGGAAGGAUCCAGAGGACCUUUCUCCCGGAGAUGUGGUUGGUCUUAUGAUUACACUGCCCUCUCUGGAAGUACACAAGAAGGUGGUCGAAGGAACAUACAACCCUGCCGAAUACCCUCACCUGAAGUGCGGUCCUGCCAACACUAAGAAGAAAUCAGGUCCGGGCAAGAAAUCUGCUAAGAGCGGGCCGAAGCCUAAAGAUGGUGAAUCGAUUAAGAGCAAAGAUGAAUCGAGCAGGAAAUCUGCCUCACGGAGCUCUAUACGGGCUACAUUACAACCCUUGCAUGGACUCACAGUCCCCUCAGAUCACGACAUCAUCCGCGACCGAAACCCUUUCCUACACAAAGGCAUGACAUAUUUUGAAUGUCCUGAAUACACACCAAACCAUGACCUAAGCCGACCAACGUUGAACUCAAAAAACAAAUCCGUCAACCCUGAGACCGGUAAGAAAUACGACCACCUAACCGAUCCUCAUCCAAACACCGAACUUCCACACCUACGAACUCUUCCCGGAAGCAAAAUUGAGCUCUGGGUCAACGGGAAAUACCAUGGAGUGGUGUGGGAACAUCUCUUUGCAUUUCUUCCUCCAGCUUCAUCUAUCGAGAAGGGCAGUCGAGCUGUCACAGGCCAGGGCGACGUUGAUGAUGGUUUACUUGGCUAUUACCCGGCAAUUAGUCACUAUACUGGUGGCGCAAUCGAGUGCAAAUUUGACGGACCCUGGUGGUACGGUUAUGGACAAGACGGACCCCAGCAUCCGGAUGCUCGACCCAUCGGCAAGCGUUAUCAAGAACAGAUCGUUGAAGACAUGGUCAACGAUCUAGUGGACGAGGUCUACCAGGAAAAGUCAUAUCAUGAUGCGGACUGGAUGAAGAAGAAGGUCUUAAAUUGCAGUAGCAGUCAAUGUACAACAUAACUAAGGUGUAGUGGUGACCAAGCCUGGAUUGCACCUUGGUAUUUUCCACUGGGUUCGUGUGUUUGACCCUGGGCGUACAAGGAUUGCGGAUUAGUGCAUUGAUGGCUGGCUGUAUUUGGAUGAGUAAGAAAACAGGCACGGCGGGCGGAAAAAGUUGUUUCGAGUACAGCAAAGAUACCCCUUUCUGCAUGAGAUGUAUGUACUCCGUGGGAAAAGGCAGCUUAGACCCAAAUCAAAACCUGAACUGGCGUUGUCUUUGACCUGUCUAGGUGGGACUUUCGCCAUUGGCACGAGACAGUCCGAAGAUUCUAUCGGAGGCCGUGAAGUGGGCUGCAGUCAGCAUCAUGUCUGGCCUAAUAAGAAUUGUGUGCACACAAC